CUGUUGUUAGAGAUGAGAAACACAGAGCUCAUCUUCAUCCCAACACCAACUGUUGGUCAUCUUGUUCAGUUUCUUGAAUUUGCUAGGCGUCUCAUUGACCAGGAUGUUAGGAUCCAUAUCACCAUCCUCUUGAUGAACCUGCAAGGUCAGUCUCAUCUGGAUACAUAUGUUAAUUCAAUUGCCUCGUCUCAGCCCUUUGUUAGAUUCAUUGAUGUCCCUGAGUUAGAAGAGAAACCAACACUUGGUACUACUCAGUCUGUGGAAGCCUAGUACGAUGUUAUUGAGAGAAAUAUCCCUCUAGUGAGAAAUAUAAUUAUGGGUAUCUUAUUAUCUCCUGCACUGGAUGAUGGAGUUACGGUCAAGGGAAUAGUUGCUGAUUUUUUCUGUCUCCCCAUAAUUGACGUUGCAAAAGAUGUAAGUCUUUCUUUUUAUGUGUUCUUGAGUACAAACUCCGGGUUCCUAGCUAUGAUGCAGUAUCUAGCAGAUCGACAUAGUAGAGAUAUCUCGGUUUUUGUAAGAAAGUCUGAAGAAAUGGUGUCAAUUCCUGGCUGUAACCCUGUCCCUGUCAAAGUUCUCCCAUCAGCUCUGUUUUUCGAAGACAGUUAUGAUGCUUAUGUUAAACUAGCAAUCUUGUUUACCAAGGCCAAUGGAAUCCUUGUGAAUAGCUCCUUUGAUAUCGAGCCUACCUCUGUGAAUCAUCUUAAUGAACAGAAUUACCCUUCUGUUUAUGCUGUUGGACCCAUAUUUGACUUAAAGGCCCAGCCUCAUCCAGAUCAGGACUUAGCCCAUGGUGACGAGUAUAUGAAAUGGCUUGAUGAUCAGCCAGAGGCAUGGGUUGUGUUCCUCUGCUUUGGGAGUAUGGGCAGGUUAAGAGGUCCUCUGCUGAAGGAAGUAGCUCUUGGACUUGAGCUAUGUUAGUACAGAUUCCUCUGCAGAGCAGAUCCAUGCUUAAUGAUAUACGGGUCAAGUGACACUCCUUAUAUUUUUAAUAUUCAUGUUUAACCUCUUGUAAUAUAUGAUAACGGUAGUAUGCUUUCUUGCAUUGCA